AUGGGAUUGAAUCACAAGCAUAAGCGCGACUCUGUGACAUCACCACGCACGCAGAGACGUCGGGAGAUCAGUGAACCUCCCCUCCCUUGGUACCUCGAUCCUUCUUACUAUGAAAACAACUCACUGGAAUCAACUCCUGCCAUCGACGAAUCUAGCAUGGCUCCUGAGGAUGAGAUGUCUCGCAUGAAUCCAUCUGGAACCGAUCUACCCGAAGAGGUUGAAGACGCUAAGCCUGUUGUGACUCCCAGCCCUCCGGCUCUUCCUGCUGCGAUGGCUCCCAUGGAGCCCCUCGAGCUGCCUGACAGCAAAGGAAAGACCAGCUUGCGCGUUUGGGAGUCUCACCGACCCUCGAACUUGAACUUUACCAUUUAUGAAGACCCACCGGACAAGGAGACACCCAAGCCCAGCCCUCUGCAGGAAGGUUUCCACACCGUGGAAGAGGAUAAGGAGAACAUCUAUGUCAGUCGCUCAGACUUUGAUAGCUCCUCUGAUGAAGAGGAAGAUGAUGAUCACAACUUGGCUUGGAAUGAAGCUUCCACCGGCCCUCGCGAUGCUUUCGGUCUGCCACUCAACCGCGAUAUGUCUGAUUUCGUCCAACCUCACGAUAGCCCAUCUCACGAGCGUCACAUGCGCCGCGGUCGAGAGAUUCUGCGAACCAUCUGGGUUGAUGAGACACAGGAAACUGAGGAAGAGGAUCGUUUUCUGCAUGAUGGCAGGCUGUCUGAUACCCAGAUUCGCGAGAUUGAGGAAAUUGAAGCAAGCUACCAGCGAGGACAACUUAGCAGGGCACGCUCUAGCCGCCACCAGGCUUUGCGCGAUGAUACUACCGUUCAGGCUCACACAAACUUCAACACUGAUGUUCGCCGCGUCCUCCAAUUCCAACGACACGAGGGCCGAGGUGUUUCCCCUGAGGUUACCAUUAUCACCCCCGAGGACAAUGUGGACGAGGAGCAGGAGGAACAGGGCCAGUAG